ACAGUUCACUUCCUGUGUUUUGUGCCGUAUUGACAUCCUUCUCACACGGCAGUAGCUCACGUCUGUCAAACCAGGACUUCCUCGGACUUUGUAAUAGUAGCUUUGAAGUCGUUGUUGGUCUUACAUGAGCAGCGGACUGUAGGAGCUCAGCAGCCGGACAGGAGAGAUGAUGGCUGGGCUGCUGAUGGUGUUUCUCGGGGGGUUGCUGGAGGUCUGCAGCGGCGUCUCAGCAAACAGAGGCGGUUAUCCCUCCUUUACAGACGAAAUACCUUUCAAAAUCACCUGGCCGGGCUCUGAAUUCACGCUGUCAACUUCAGGAGUACUGUACAAGGAAGAUGACUUUGUUAUCAUGACAACGACAGAGAAAGAGAAGUAUAAAUGUCUCCUGCCUUCCCUGACAACUGGAGACGAGGAUGAUGAUAAGGAGUACAGUGGGCCCACUCCAGGUGAACUGCUAGAGCCACUUUUCAAACGAAGCAGCUGUUCCUACAGGAUCGAGUCAUACUGGACAUAUGAAGUAUGCCAUGGAAAGCAUAUAAGGCAGUAUCAUGAAGAGAAGGAGACUGGUCAGAAGAUCAGUGUUCAGGAGUACUUCCUGGGGAAUAUGGCACAGAAGAGCCAGUCGGCAGAGGCAGAUAACGCUGAAGAGGCAGAAAAUGUCAAACCCGCACCUGAAACAGAAGUGCCCUCGAAGAAUAUAGAAGGUCAGCUGACUCCCUACUUCUCAUUGGAGAUGGGAAAUGGGACCCCUUGUGUGCUGAAACAGAACGAGGCUCGCUCCACGUCUGUGCUGUACGUCUGUCAUCCAGAGGCCAAGCAUGAGAUCUUGUCUGUCGCCGAGGUCACCACCUGUGAAUAUGAGGUGGUGGUGUUGACACCCCUGCUUUGUUCACACCCAAAAUACAGGUUCAAGUCUUCCCCGGUGAACGCCAUCUUCUGCCAAGCUCUGUCAGGCUCCCCUCAGCGGCCUCAGCGGCUCGCUCAAUGGGACAAGGAGCAAGAGGAGCAGCUUAAACCGCCUUUCAGUGCCACGGUCGGGGCCAGAGAGGAGGAGGCGCCACCAGUGAGAGAGGAGGCCUUCACCUCCACUCACAAACCCAUGACCGUCGGAGGCCAGACUCAGGUCACUGUCGGCACCACACACAUCUCUCGUCUGACAGAUGACCAGCUGAUCAAGGAGUUCCUCAGCGGCUCGUACUGUCUGCACGGGGGGGUCGGGUGGUGGAAAUAUGAAUUCUGUUACGGAAAGCAUGUCCAUCAGUACCACGAGGAAAAAGAACAGGGAAAGAACAUUGUGGUGGUCGGCAGCUGGAACGCCAAGGAGCACGUUGACUGGGCCAAGAAGAACGUCGCCCGAUCCUACCAGCUCAAAGAUGACGGAGUGCAGAAAGUCAAGUUGGUUUCCCACUUUUCACCAAUCGGUGGGGAUGUAAGACAAUACACUGAUGUUCCCCUGUUGAUUCACUCUGAUCACAUUUCUCUUCUCUCUGUCAGAUGUAAGGAGUCGGAGUCUCCCCAUGCUGUCACUGUCUACAUGCUGGAGCCUCAGACUUGUCAGUACGUCCUUGGGGUGGAGUCUCCGGUCAUAUGCAGGAUUCUUGACACCGCUGACGAACAUGGACUUCUGUCAAUCUCCAGCUAAACUAACAAAGAUCAUACGACAGCAGCAGCGCAUGAAGGACAAGUAGAGGACAGACGGAGAAGAGGUUGCACAUGAAGAGAGUGGACACUUACCAUAAAACAGAAGAGAGGGAGGAAGAGAGAGAUGCCCAUGACACUGCGCUAAAGGCCAAAAUAAAGGUUAAACUGAGGUUAAACUUGAACUUGAGGAUGGACUUCAUGUAGCCUAGGAGCACAGCCCCAGCCCCGAGCUGUGCAAUGGGAAAUGCUACAUCACAGCCUAAUCCAGCAGGCUAGCUCAGACUUUGUGAAAACAGUGAAAUGGGGCCAACACCUCACUCCACAAGGCAGUGGAUUAAUUCCCUGUACUUCAUAUCUAUGCCUCACUUUCUGUUGAUUAAUUGCAAGCAAAGGAGUGAUGAAUCAGGGGAUUUGUUAUCAUCAGGGGAAUCAACAAUGCUAAUGGUGGUUUUAUUGUCUUUAAGGUCUGUAUUUGUGUGUGUGUGUGUGUGCGAGCGAUAUGAAAACUUGCUUGACUGUGGCACUUGUAGAUGGGGAGGGGGGAGACAAGUCUGAAGAUCUCUUGCAGCAGUGAGAAUGUGUGCUGUGUUUAUUUACAGGAUGAGUGAGUGUAACUUAUGCAUUUAGAGGUUGCUGUGGAAUAGAAAAGUGAGAGGUUGAUUAAAAAUUAAUUGUUUGUAGGAUGUACAGAAUGUCUGUGGGUUCCUAUAAGAGGUAUUCUGUGGUUUUAUGAAGAGGCACACUGGCAAUCCUGAUCACUGCUGUAUCACAGGGAUAAAAAAAAAAACUGCAUUUGCAGCAAAUAAUAAAACUAAAAUAUGAAACCUCAUUUAAAAUGUUGUAUUACUACACGAGGGGGAAAAACUGACUUCAAUGAGAUAUAAGGUCAUCAUGGCAACAAAUGUCUGCUUAAUAAUUAUAGGGAUAUCUGGUAAAUUGUGAUUGCCUUUAUAAAAAAUAGAGUUUUAAUUCUGUA